AUGCCCAACAUGAAACCUCUCCUAGAAGACGCAAAGCGGCGAGUCGACCGUAGACUCAGUGCAGGCAGACAAUCAAUCUCUUCUAGCCGCAUAUUUUCCAGUGCCUUCCCGGAGCGGUUAAAAGACGACCAUGAUGCCCAGGUUGACUAUACCGCACCACCUCGAGGAACCGGCUCGCGAGACGGUCAGCUGCCGUAUAUGCACCAGUCCAUAUUCUCGAUGAUUGCCGCCGUCGGCUCCAAAUCUGAUUUCCAUGCACGCUUUGAUGAAUCGAGUGACAGCGAGGGAGAGGUAGAGGGACAAACCCAGAAGCAACCUGGAAAAGGUUCAUUGCCGAUAAAGAAGAAUUCUUCGCUAUCACCUACUCUCAAGCCUCAAAGCUCUUCUGAAGGAAGAGGGCGUCGCCAUCGAAGGUCGUUAUCUGACAACAAACUCUUGCGAUCUUUAAAGCUGAAUCCCAAGAGUAGUAAAUGUACAGAAACAACUAUACAAACUGAGCCUCCGACGAGCGAUGAAAUGUCUCCGCUUCCUUCUCCUAGGCGCGCACGAAGUGUCACUCCUCGCGCGGCUCCUAUCCUCAGUCGUAUGCUUGAAGCGGAGGCUCUCUUGGACAAAAAGCAAUCAGCAGAACAACCUUCAUCAUCUAUCAAGGCGGAGACCGACGGCACGUCUGAACAGCCAUCUGCAUCCCCACUUUCUCUCCGACUGAAGGAGAUGUUUGGGUUCGAGAAACCAGAAAAAGUUCUUGUGGAGUAUGCUUGCUCCCUAUUACAAAACAUUCUUCUUCAGGGGUACAUGUACGUCACGGAGGGGCACAUAUGCUUUUACGCCUAUCUGCCUAGAAAGUCUGCCGUUACCAUAAGGUCGGGAUAUCUUCAUAAGCGUGGCCGGAAGAACCCAAAGUACAACCGGUACUGGUUUUCACUGAAAGGGGACGUUCUAUCCUACUAUACGGAUCCGUCCAGUCUCUAUUUUCCAAGUGGUCAUGUUGAUCUCCGAUAUGGAAUUUCUGCUACUUUGACCGAGCAAAAGGACAAAGAUAAGGAAGUACGAGAUUUUCAAGUCACCACAGAUCAGCGAACAUAUUAUUUCAGAGCGGAUAGCUCUGCCAGUGCGAAAGAAUGGGUCAAAGCCUUGCAAAAGGUUAUCUUCCGAGCUCACAAUGAGGGUGACAGUGUCAAGAUUUCCUUCCCCAUUGAGAGCAUAAUAGAUAUCGAGGAGAGCCCUAUUACCGACCUUGCUGAGACAUUUAAGAUCCGGGUAGUUGAGAGUGAUGAAUCAUAUGCCAUUGAUGAGUAUUACUUUUCAUUCUUCGAAUCUGGUCGGGAGGCAUAUAACUUUGUGAAAGGGUUGAUCGGCGAGAGCCCGAUGAAAACGUCCCAGCUUUUACCACGACCGGAGCAAACAAGCCCCAAAAGUCGCACUCGUGGGCCUCGAAACAGAUGGUCGUUAAAUAGCGACCUGAGUCAAUCUCGAGGAAAUGAAACUAUUAAAACACAACGUCAACGGAGUGCAAGCACCGGCCAUACUAACCCUGGUCCCGAUGGCAUCGGAAUGUCUCCCCGACAGCGGGAUCUAUCGGAUUCGUUUGUCAACUCUUUCGAGCAAGCAACAGACGCUUCGGCGGCUCUCCAGUCGAUAACCGAUACAACAGAGUCUGCUAGCCAGAUCUUGAAUCGAAGUGAUGUUUUCCAAUCUCCAACAAUCCACACCCUGCAACAAUGGCAUUCCGAUGGUGACAGGACAGGCCGUCGGCUUUCAGACGGAACGGCACGGUCAACUCAUCCAAACGCUGCUGAUGCUAAAAGAAAUGGGCAGGAAUUGCAAUAUGCCAGCAGUGAGUCCGACCAGGGCACACAGCACCCAUCUAAGGUAAACUCAUCCGCACCAACCUUAAAUGAACUGGUCAGAGCUGGUACGUAUCCCCUUCAGCGUGCCGCCGGAUUUGCAGAGUAUUUGCGAAACCGGUCGAGGCAAAUGAGCAAUCUUCUGGCAAGCGAAUCAAUGGGUUACAUUGAGAAAGUCUCCGGGAUGUGGGCCGGUGGCCGCAGACAUUAUGGAGAAACUGAAGGCGUGCUACCAGAUGAUCAGGAUGUUGAUCCUGAAGACAAGGAAGACGGUGUCAAGCAUGGAGAUCGUUUCCGUGCCCAUUUCGCCCUGCCGCCAACCGAAAGGCUGCAAGCUACUUAUUACGCAUAUCUACAUCGUGUCCUUCCGCUAUACGGGAAAAUAUAUAUCAGCCAGAAAAAGCUUUGUUUUCGUAGUCUUAUUCCGGGAACACGCACCAAGCUGAUAUUACCACUCAAAGACAUUGAGAAUGUGGAGAAAGAGAAAGGCUUUCGGUUCGGAUACCAGGGGCUUGUCAUCAUCAUUCGGGGACACGAAGAGUUGUUCUUCGAGUUUAAUACGGCAGACGCUCGAGAUGACUGUGCGGUCACAGUACACCAAAGCCUCGAGUCUAUGAGGUUUUUGGUAGAGUCUGGCCUGCUAGCAGAACAGGAAAAAGACGAGAUCGAAUCAGCCCAAGCAGAGCAUCGCAUGCUACAGGAAGCUAGGUUAGAUGGAGCUGGUGAGCAUGACUCUCACGCAUCUGUGAAUGAGUCAUCGGAGCUUCAUCCUAUUUUUGAUGACCCUCGUGCUUCGAUUAUCAAUUUCAAGCCCUCCGAGUCAUUACGCAUUACAUGCCUUACCAUCGGUUCGCGGGGUGAUGUGCAGCCGUAUAUUGCCCUGUGUAAAGGGCUGUUAGCAGAAGGCCAUAAACCUAAAAUUGCAACCCACGCAGAGUUCGAACCAUGGGUGAGAAAGCAUGGUAUUGACUUUGCCCCAGUUGAUGGUGAUCCUGCCGAGCUCAUGAGAAUAUGUGUUGAGAAUGGAAUGUUUACAUAUUCAUUCUUGAAAGAGGCGUCCACAAAGUUUCGGGGAUGGAUUGAUGACCUUCUAUCCUCAGCAUGGGCCGGCUGUCAAGACAGUGAUCUUCUUAUUGAAUCUCCAAGCGCAAUGGCUGGUAUUCAUAUCGCUGAGGCACUCAGAAUACCCUAUUUCCGUGCCUUCACGAUGCCGUGGUCCAGAACAAGAGCAUAUCCGCAUGCCUUCGCUGUCCCGGAGAACAAGAUGGGCGGUGCGUACAACUACAUCACCUAUGUUAUGUUCGACACUGUCUUCUGGAAGGCCAUUGCGGGACAGGUGAAUCGUUGGAGAAAGAAGCAGCUCGGACUAAAGGCGACCACUCUCGAUAAGAUGCAGCCGAACAAGGUUCCCUUCCUUUAUAACUAUUCUCCUUCUGUGGUGGCCCCUCCAUUGGAUUAUCCUGACUGGAUACGUAUAACAGGGUAUUGGUUCCUGAGUGAGGGAACCAAUUGGACUCCUCCAACAGACUUGCUUGACUUCAUUCACCGUGCUCGCAGUGAUGGCAAAAAAUUAACUGUGGUUGAAUCCGUCCAAAAAGCUGAUGUCCGUUGCAUUCUGUCGAAGGGGUGGUCAGAUCGACUAGGAGAUCCUGCCAGUGCGAAGGUCGAAAUUCCCUUACCGCCGGAGAUUUUCCAAAUUCAAGCCGCGCCGCAUGACUGGCUUUUUUCGCAGAUCGACGCAGCAGCACACCAUGGUGGCGCUGGAACUACUGGAGCGAGCCUUCGGGCAGGUCUUCCUACCAUCGUUAAGCCGUUCUUUGGUGACCAGUUCUUCUUUGGCACCCGCGUCGAAGAUUUGGGCGUGGGUAUCUGUAUGAAGAAGUUGAACGUAAGCGUGUUUUCGCGGGCUCUGUGGGAGGCUACUCAUAGCGAGAGAAUGAUUGUAAAAGCGCGAGAGCUAGGUGCACAGAUACGAAGCGAAAACGGUGUGGAUACGGCUAUUCAAGCAAUUUAUCGUGACCUGGAGUACGCUAAAACACUGGCUCGGCAGCGCUCGAUUGUCUCGUCAACUCCUUUCUCCCCAACACCAUCGGCUAAAACCGUGGCCGAGCAGGAAGAAGAUGACAUGGAUGACAGUGAGGAGUGGACAUUUGUCGGUGACGACACAGAAAUUGAUGUUUCAAGACGGCUGCGUGAUCGAGCGGUGUCUGAUGUUGAUAUGCUACCCGAACCAGUCACAAGCGCAUCGUAG